CUCUCAAUGCUUUUUGAACCCCUUUUCAGUUUUCAAUUUUUCGCUUAAUCAACUUUGAACUUUUUUUACCAACAAUGAUUGGGCGCGCCCUAUUCAGAUCGCAAUAUGCACUGGCAGCAAAGUCGCGCGGCCAGCAACUCAGUAGUGCCCCGCACAAGACAGCGCGCCGCAGCCUAGCAAACCUGGCCAUGUUUGCCGCAGCCAAGAAAUUCGCCCUAUCUGCAGCACCAUCCGAGCGUGCCAAGGUGGCAAUCGUCGAUGACUCGGGAUCCUACACAUAUGCGCAACUUCUAAGCGACGCGCACAAGGUGCGGACCGCCCUGGGCAGCAAGGACCACAAGGGCGCGAGCAUUGCCAUGCUUAUGCCCAACAGCUACGAGUACGCGGCAGUCCAAUGGGGAAUCUGGGCUGCCGGCGGCGCUGUGGUGCCCCUGAGCCCGAUGCACCCGGAGCGCGAGCUCGAGUACUUUAUCACUAACGCGGAGGCGUGCCAAAUCAUUUGCCAUCCCUCCCUGUUGAAAAACAUCCAGCCCGUACUCGACAGGCUGGGUGGAUCGGUCAAGCUGCUGAGCUCUGAUGUGAUCAUGGCGCUGGCUGAUACAACACCCAGCGAUCGUGGGGCUGACGCUGAGAUCAGCGCGGACCAAAGCGCGUUGUUCAUAUACACGAGCGGAACCACUGGGAAACCCAAGGGUGUGGUGCACACGCACGCGACUAUUGGUGCACAAGUCGGUGCCCUGUAUGAUGCCUGGGGAUGGACUUCUAGCGACCGUUUGCUACAUGUGCUGCCGCUGCACCAUGUUCACGGCAUUGUCGUCGCCCUGUGCAGCGCCCUGUGGGCCGGCGCAACGGCCGAGAUGAUGGCAAAGUUUGACAAGUCAAGGGUGUGGAACCGGGUUAUUGACGGCCCUCAGGACAUUUCAGUUCUCAUGGGUGUUCCCACGAUGUACGCCCGCCUGCUUAGUGCACUUGAGGACAUGUCGCCAGCGCGCCAGAGCGCCGCCCGCGACUCAAUGGGUAAGCUGCGCCUGACCAUCUCGGGCUCGGCGGCAUUACCAGCGUCAGUGUUCAAAAAGUGGCAGCAGACCACGGGGCAAGCGAUGCUCGAGCGCUAUGGGAUGUCGGAAAUCGGAAUGGCACUGUCCAACGAUGCCUUGAACCCGGCCGCCCGCAAGAUGGGAGCGGUCGGCAAGCCGCUGCCUGGCGUUGAGGUGCGACUGGUGGAUGGCGAGGGAGUCAAUGUCACAGACACGCCGGGAGCCUCGGGCAUGAUCCAGGUCAAGGGACCCAAUGUGUUCCACGAGUAUUAUAACUUGCCUGAAAAGACCGCCAAGGAGUUUACAACUGAUGGGUGGUUUAUCACUGGUGACAUCGGCACCCGCGACAAAGAUGGACUGUACUACAUCAUGGGCCGCGAAAGCGUGGAUAUAAUCAAGUCUGGUGGGUUCAAGCUCUCGGCGUUGGAGAUCGAGCGCGAGCUGCUCGAGCUCCCCAUCAUCACCGAUGUCGCCGUGGUUGGAAUUCCUAGCGAGGAAUGGGGCGAAAUUGUGGCUGCUGCUGUGACCCUCAGGCCCGGCACUUCGCUUGAUAUCGCUGGGCUCAAGGAGUGGUGCCACGAUCGCAUGGCGAACUACAAGUCCCCAAAGCUGCUGCGUGUCGUUGACGCGCUGCCGCGAAAUCUCAUGGGGAAGCUGGACAAGAAGGCUGUAAAGUCGCUGUUUUCAAAGUAGCAAAACGCAGUCGAGCAUAUUAUUUGAUUUAACAUAACAAUAAAAGCAAAAAAAG